AUGCGUCUCGGAAAUGGCAUCUGGGCCUCGCUCGCCCUUGCGUUGGCCGCCCCGGUCCUCGCCUGCGAGAGCUGCGAGCAUCCCGAGAGAGACGUCGUCAUGACCAGAAAUGUCCGUCGCGCGCAGCCCGAUGCGCAGGCGGCCACAGUCGCACCUCGUGGUCCGCUCUCGUGGGGUCAACUCAAUUUCCUUCACACCACUGGUAAGCUGGACUCCGUCUCAAAACAAGAGCUCGAAGGACACAUCCGCGAGCAAAACUAUGGCGCCGACUGGGGUGACUUUGUGAGCUUUGUCAAGCACAUGCGCAAGAAAGCCAAGGACCUGGAUGUCGACUUGUUGGUAGUCGACACUGGCGACUUGCACGACGGCGCAGGAAUCAGUGAUGCCACUGGCGUCUCGUCUUACGCCAAUGGCACCGGUGUCAACGGCCAGUUGUCAAACCCAAUCUUUGAAAACAUCGACUACGAUGUGCUAAGCAUCGGCAACCACGAGCUGUAUGUUUCCGCCAUCGCGUACGAGACCUUUAGCCAGUUCGCUAAGGUCUACGGCGACAAAUACUUGACGAGCAACGUCCAGAUCCGCAACCCCAGCACGGGAGCGCUCGAGACCAUUGGCAAGCAGUACAGAUACUUCACCACCCGCAAGGGCCUGAGAAUCAUGGCUUUCGGCGUUCUCUUUGACUUCACCGGCAACUCCAACGCUUCCGUCGUCACCAAAGCCGCCACCAUGGUGAAGCAGUCCUGGUUCCUCGACGCCGUCAACUACGCGGAGCCCAUUGACCUCUUCCUGGUCAUCGGUCACAACCCCGUCCGCCCGACGCAGAGCAGCAGCACGCUCAAGACCGUCUUCAACGCCAUCCGCGCCAUAAAGCCCGAUACCCCGGUCCAGUUCUUUGGAGGCCACACCCACAUCCGCGACUUUGCCGUCUACGACGACAAGUCGACCGCCCUGGAAUCUGGGCGGUACUGCGAGACCGUGGGCUGGCUGUCUCUGAGCGGCAUAAAGUCUGACAGCUACAAGGGCGCGGUGUACCCCAAGGGCGUACCUCACCCUUCUCAAAAGGCCGUCAGCGUGGCUGCGAAGAGUGCUUCUUCUGGCCCGACCUCUGCCACCAGCAACUCUAGCAUCACUUACUCUCGCCGCUACCUGGACUGGAACACUCUGACGUUCGAGUACCACGCGGUCGGCAGCCAGAUCAAGGCAUUCAACACGUCAAAGGGCGUCAGCGUGUCCAAGAAAAUCACAGACACCCGCAAGGAGCUCAACCUGACCUCCCUCUACGGCUGCGCGCCCCAGACCUGGUGCAUCAGCUGCGCGCCCUUCCGGUCGGACAGCUCCAUCUUCUCCCUGACGACGACGGCCCUCGCCGCCACCAUCGUCACCGAGGCGAGGAAGUCGACGCCGCGAAUCAUCAUCGCCAACACUGGCCACAUCCGCUUCGACCUCGCCCAGGGCCCCUUUGACUACGACUCGUCCUUCAUCGUCUCCCCCUUCACCGACGGCUUCCAGUACAUCCCCGACGUCUCGUGGUCCCUCGCCCGCCAGGUCCUCAACGGUCUCGAAUCCGGCAACUUCCCCUCCAAGCGGAAGCGCUCUCUCGCAGCGGUCGACGACGCGUUCGGCUUCACCCCCGUCAACCCGGGUCUGUCCGCCGUAGACAGCUGCAUCGACCCGCACGUGACCAACGAUCACUUUUCCAAGCGCUCGUACGCCGGCGGGCGGAUCGUCCGGCGCCAGGCCGUCACGCCGGGCUACACCACCAGCGACGACUUUGGCACCGACGGCGACGACACCGUGCACACCAAGAUCCCGACGUACGACUACCCCAACUUCUUCCAGGCCAACGGCAGCUUCCCCAGCAGUGGUUCCCUGGCAGAUGAUGACAAGAUUGAUCUCAUCUUCCUGGACUACGUCGCCGGCUCCGUCGUCUCGGUGCUGCGCUCCCUUGGCGCGAGUUACACGUCUGCCGAUGUUUCUUAUUAUCUGCCUAGCACAUUCACAACCAACUCCUAUUUGCCCGCGUUCGCAAAGAGCGACGCGUCGUGGCAGGCAGAUGUGCCCAACUGCCCAGUUGGAUUGGGAAUCGGCUACAACAUUACGACCGCGUAA